ACUUUACCAGAGGCGUCAAGUAAUUCAUAAGGAAAGAUCAACAAUGAUUACAAUACAAAAACUACAACACACUCAAUACAACUUAAAAAAGCAGAAAGUGUGCAAGGUGUUCAAGUACAUGGACAUAUUAGCACAGCUGACUCGCUGAAACCCCGAUCUAGACUAACACUGGGCGAGUGUGUUCUUUGUUAAAUGGCUGUCUGUCAACUGUAAUGUACUCAGCUCCAAAACAGCCCAUCAAAACAGGCAUGUUWAUGUAAGAUUUGGUUAAAAGUGAAUUGGAUUAUUACGCGAUACAGGCUGAAAGCUAUAAUUGACGAAAUACAUUCUCAGUCGAGUCGGUAAAAACGGUUGGCUGGAUAAGAAACCACUGCUAUAAAAAAACGUAUAUUCCAGAAGGAUGAAGUCCAUUAAUGCAAGYCUCGUUCUGAUACAAAUAUUGAUGUAUGGAAUAUUAUUGGUGGAAUGUAAGAAACCAGGUUAUGACUUUAUAAACAAAGGUAAGGAAUUUGAAGGAGACAUCAAGUUGGACGAAUACACGGGAAAGUUGAAGAAAGCCCGAGUGUCGGUCAUCAAUCGGUCGCUUACAUGGAACAACGGCAUUGUGCCUUACGCCUUUCACUCAUCUCUUAAUGAUUAUCCAUAUGAACGACAGCUGAUAAACAACGCUAUGGCUUUGAUUGCAAGGGAUUCGUGCGUAAGAUUCAAGCUCAGGACUAGUGAGAAUUAUUACUUGAAUUUUAUCCGUGGAAGAGGGUGUUAUUCGUACGUUGGCAAGUCCUCUAUCCAGGGACAGUCGGUCUCUAUAGGCCCAGGCUGUGGGUAUAUUGGUAUAGUACUCCAUGAAAUAAUGCAUUCGCUUGGCUUCUUUCAUACAAACUCUCGUCCUGACAGAGACUCCUAUGUGAAUGUUUAUUACAGUAAUAUCUUAAAAGAUCAUAUAAUCGAUUUCAACAAAUACAAAAGUAGUGAAGUGAGUCGUCAGGGAGCACCGUAUGACUUCAAAUCAAUACUCCACUUACCAAGGACAAGUUUUAGUAAAAAUAAUAGAAAUACCAUCGAGUCACGCGCCGGCCCAUUGGUCCCUCUUGGACAACUGAAUGGCUUAACACCAAUAGACAUUCAAGAGAUUAACACACUGUAUAGAUGUACUGGUUAUAAAGGGUGCUACUUUGCGCUGGGAAUGGAAGAUAAAACGAUUCAGAAUAGCUGGAUAACAGCGAGCUCUUAUAAAGUUUCUUACCAACCGCACCAAGCUCGCCUUCACCUCACGGCUAACACGCAAGGAGCAGGGGCCUGGUGUGCUUCGCGUUCAUCGAUUGGACAAUAUCUCCUGAUUGACUUGGGGAAACUCAAACAAGUCACAGGAAUUGCAACACAAGGGAAAAUUGGAAUAUUUACUGCGGACGCCUGGGUCGAAUCGUAUACUGUACGUUACAGCAUAUAUCGAUACCAUUCCUGGUACCAAGUCUACCAGACUUUUCCUGGAAACUGGGAUGGGAGUUCAUCUCAUUAYAAUUCUAUGAACUAUCCAAUCACGGCGCGCUACAUCAUGAUCGAGCCUUUAAAAUGGACACAGGAGAUAUGUAUGAGAGUUGAACUUUAUGGAUGCAAUGUGUAACGUUCUUUAUGGCAAGAUUAUGUUUUGUUUUAUGGUCAUCAAAAAAAUCUAUAAAACAUUUGUGGCAAUGUAAAGCAAUUGUAACGAUGAAUCCAGUGAUAAAAAAUUAAAGAAGAAUACAUAAUAUUUACAUAUAUGAUAUAUAAUAAAAUUGAUGAUAACGGCGAUGAUGA